CCGGAAGUGACAUAACAGCGCACUAGAAUCCUUUCAAUAUGGCGGCCCUGUCCGACGCUGUUACAGAUGGUAACCCUGGAUACCAGAGUGAAGAUGAGGAGGAAGAGGAACAAUUGGUUUUGGUUGAAUUAACAGGAAUUAUAGAUUCUGACAUCCUGAAGAACUCUGAUAACAAAUGCAAGAUUUUAGGAAUGAACACUGACAAGCCCUUCUUACAAGUGGAUAAGUAUGUGUUUGCGGGAGAGUAUGAAGAUGCACUUGGCACUUUUGUGAUCUUUGAAGAAACUUCUAACCAAGGAGAUGACAACGAAAAAACGCAGUUAAAGUACAAGUGUCACACAGCGAAGAAACUAAAUAUGACAAGAACUUUUUUGUCUGAGAAGAAGGAGAAUGACAGCACAGGUGAUAAGGUAGAGGUGUUUCAGAUAAAAGACGAGCUCUUCUCCAGCUGGUCUCAGAUGCUGUGCAGCUUUGCUCAGGAGAACAUGGAGGGUGAGGAACAGGGGGAAGAGUCACAGAGUGAAGAGGAACAGCUGGAUGAAUCCACUGAGGACACUGGGAACUUGGACCAAAGCUUUGAUGUGGAGAAGCAAAACUCAGACAACAGUGACUCAAAGGGAAAGGAGAUGCAAGAGCCAAGUGUGGAGGGACAGCCAAGCUUAGGACUGGAGGACAAUCAGGACUCUGAAGUGGGAGAGAAGCAAGAUUUGGUGGAGUCAGAAUCCCGGGAGGAUCAGGAGCCACAAUGCCCAGAGAGAGGAACAUCCCUAGCAGAUAAUGGUGGCUCUAGCUGCCCUGAUUAAACCUUUACUUGCAAGAGAUAAGAGGCUCAUCCCUAACAAAGCCAAAACCAAUAAUUGUACAUUUGGUGCUAUAAGUUAAUGUUGUCCCAAGUUCCUGAACUUUGUUUAUAUUUCUGUGGCAUAUGGCAUUGUGUGACUGUAAUACCUCUGAUUCUAACUGAAGAGGUGUUAAACACAAACUGUUAAUGUCCCCAGAUCCUCUCUUGCCCCUGACCAGUCAACCAGUAGUCAUAUCCAGCUGCCAUCAUACCUGUACUUUGUAAUUUAACAUGAGGUUACAACGUCGCUUCAUGUGUCAUUGUCUGAACUGCUGCUAAAAAUACAUUUUAUUUUUCUAUGCUGA